AUAUACGGCCUACAUACUCUCCUUUGAGUCCUAACACUAACACCAAGGUGAGAGAGUGUGUGUAAAAGUGAGGACCACACGAGUGAUCAGAAGCUAUCAAAAGGGAAUCUCUGGCAUUAGCGUCGUCACCAUCGUCAUCGUUUUCAUUCUCUCGAGAAAAAGAAAACAGAAAUACAACUGGAGAUUUCGUUCUAGAUUGAAGAACUGACGUACGAGCGGAAUCAUAUGAAGAAUGAGGAAUGGAAGAAGCUAGUAAGGAAUUAGCGAGGUAUAGCAUUCUGAGUUGGUGUGGUUGUGGUAAUGGAGGUUACAAAGGCAGGAGUCAGAACUAGAGCUCGAGCUAUGGCGGUGGUGGCGGAGGAGACGGAGGAUAAUUCGGUAGCAGUGAAGAGGAGAAAGGUCGGUAAUGAGAAAUCGAGGUCGCCGUCGUUAACAUCUGAACAAACUAAACCUCGGUGUGAUAUUAAUUACGUUAAAUCGGCACAUGAGGAGGAGGAUCCAAGCGAUUCCUUGAAUGCCUCCGCGAACCUUAAAUCCGGUGGUGUUCCGGCGUCUUGUUGCUCUAGCACUGGAUCAAUGGAGAAAGUGAAAGUUGCGGAUCUGGAGAAGAGUUUUGGAACUGAAACAUCCGCCAGACAUAAAUUAAACGGAAGCGAAAGCACACCUAAGAAGGAGCUCAAGGCGGAAUCAGGCGAACUGGAAUCAUGUACAGCAAAGCCGUCACCGGAAAUGGUUAAUCCUUGCCGUACAGUCUUGUCGCCGGAGAAGAUGCCACCUGAAGCGGAACUUGAAGCCUUCUUUACGGCUGCAGAGGAAGACCUCAACAAACGGUUUAAAGAGAAGUAUAAUUAUGACAUUGUAAAUGAUAUUCCUUUAAAAGGUCGAUACGAUUGGGUUGAACUAACGCCAGGAAAAUGAGGAUUAAGAUGAUCGAUCGAUGAAGAAUAAAUUAAUGAGCAUUUUUGUUUUGAUGAACUAUUUGAAGCUUUUCUGGCUACCAACAGCAGCUAACCCUAAACGAGGAAGAACGACGCUGUAAAAAAGUAUGCCGUAGUGUUGUGUACUUUUUAAAUCGUUGUUAUAUAAUUCAAAUAUAGUAAUGUUAUUCGAUUCCACCACUGGUAAUUAACUUUGAUUUUAAUUAAUUCCAAUAUUACUUUGUGAUUGAUUUUAACAUGAUCCAUAGAUAGAUGAUUAUAGUUAUGUUAAAAAAAUGAAAAUGUUUAUGGAAUGAAGAUGGUGGUUUGGUAAUUUGGUUGAUGCCGAGCUCGGUGGGAGUUGGAAUUAGGCGUUGGUGAAGAAGGUACAAGCAGCAGAAGAAGAAAACUGACGCCUUGCCGUGUAAGCUACGGACACGUGUUUGAAUGCCGGAAAGCAAAUACUGACUCCCAUGUGGAUCUUAUCGAGAGAGAGUGUGUGUGUGUGUUUCUGCAGCCAUGUCCAAUGUCCAGGCCUUCUUUCUUCAUCACUAAAGUACAACAUGUAAUCACAGGUGACUGGUUAAAAACCCUAUAAUUAAUUCUGUCG